CCGAUCUGUCAAUAAUGUCAACUUUAUUUCGAUCUUGUGGGAAAUCGUUUCCCCCUCAAAAUCAGUAAAAUGGCGGGUUUGCUACCCGUCCACAACAGCGCCCUGAUCGGUUUCUUGCACGAGGGUGGUCUGGAAAAAUUGGAAAACUCCUCCGACGAAGAGUACGCGUGCGAAAUCAAAUUUACCGUGUACGGUUUGAUGGUCAUGGCCGAGUUUCAAAAAUGCAAGUACAUUGUGGAGAGCCUGCACAGCUGCUAUCCGGAGAGAUAUGCGAAACCUGUGGUUAGACCGCUGCUCAACGUGGACUGGAAUGAGUUUCUGAGAAAAGAACGAAGAUCCAGAGGUGGUGCUUUAUGGACUUUGAAAACUGGAGUAGCAGUUUAUUGUAACGAUGAGUUUAUGGGUGACGAUUUAGUUCUGUCCAAAUACGUUUCCUCACGGUAUAUUCUACCCAUGAAGAACUUCUACCAGAUGGGAAGGGUGGCAUUGAAGAAUUACCUGACCGAAAUGAUGGCUCACGGAAGAAGGUGUAUCUAUUUGAUGGUAGCAAUAAAUGAUAUCAUCGUUGGAACUAUGAUAUUCACGCUAUUCGAAGACAUGGUUCCCAAGACCUGCCGAGUUUUCCUGAAGAGAUGUAGGAAACUGAAGGGAGGGUACUCCAACACGCCAAUCCAUAGGAUAGUGGAAUCCAGUUGGGUGCAGUGCGGCGGUUACAAACUGAAAGAGGUGAAAAUGCCUUGCGAAAAUUUCGCCAUUUCUCACGACAACAGGGGCAUACUGUCGAUGUGUAAUUCCGGAAGGCACAAACAAAACACCACCCAGUUCCUGAUCACUCUGCAGAAAUCGGUCUGGAUGGAUACUCACUAUGUUGCCUUUGGGCAGCUUUUACACGGUGACUGGGUUCUGGCGCAGAUUGAAUCUGUGCCUACCAAGUACCAGGCCCCUCAAAAAGAAGUGAAGAUUGUAAGGGCCGGAGAAUUCAACCUGUCUCAGCCUAAAUUGGGUGAAGGUAGAUUGGAGCGAGAACUGAACGAGUUCCUGGAUGAGAGGUUAUCCAACCCCGCCUACAAAAACUACUACGCCAAGACUGACUUGAGCUUGGAGAAGUGCGAGGUGCGUCGGAAGAGCGGAGAGAUACAGAAGGAGUUCUUGGAUUCGGACCUCCGCUCCUAUUUUCCCAUGGAGAUGUUGCCGAGGAAUAUUCAAGAAGCCUUCAAUUAUGUUCCAGGGAAAAAGUCGAGUUGUGUGUUCGAGGUUGAGAAUUGCUUGAAGUGCGGAUGCAGUCAUGACGUUGGGAAGUGUCUGAAGGAACUUCACGCUUGUCCAUCGAAGGAAAGCAUAGAAUGAAUAGGAAAUAUGGAAGGCUGAAGGCUCUUCAUCUUUUUUGUGCCUUCUUUCAGGUUGUCUCGAGAAAAUUUGGUCGUCUUGUAGUUAGUUCGUGAAUAUAAUAAUAAAAUGA